AUGUUCGAUAAGGAACAGUCAGGAAACUACGUCGCAACGCCGGACGCGGCUACUGCAUAUUUAUCUGCUACCUUCAAUGGUGUCUCGUCGAAGCUUGGAACGACGACUCAUCCAUGGGGCCAGGGCAACACCUUCGGGAUCUGCUACUGUCCUGCUCACCAGGGCUGUGGGAGCUACACCGACUUCAUGCAACAGGUCGAUGCUUACUAUCAUGUCCCUUCUAGCUUGAGACACUUGACAGGUUGGGACACUCUUACUCUGGACGGUCAGCGUCUGCUCACCUGUUGA